AUGAAGAAACAACACAAGGUGGAAUGUGUGCAGCACCUGUGGCAUGAUAAGAAGAACAGAGGUAGGACAUGUGUACCUAGUGCGCAUAAUCAGAGUUUGGGUAUAGACUGGAAACAUAGUAAAAGUGAAAGGCACAGGAAAGAAAUAACAGAAAUUAGGCACAUAGCAGACAAGAAGAAGUGCUCCGUUUCACAGAUGAACUGGCAGGAGGAUAGCUCUCUUGAGUUUAGGCACUCGUGGGAGAAGCAAAUAGGAAGUGCUCUACCAAUUCAGGCUCUGGGCAUAAAGGCAGUUGGGCAGGUCUAUAUCUCUCCAUCUGGCUGCACAUGGAGCUACAUGUGUGGAUUGCAGCUGGAAGAAGAUGGGGGAUGUGGGGAUGUGGUGUCCUUGAGAAAUGUGCCGGGGUUCUGCUUGUCACGGAUGCAGUGGUGGAACACUGCCUUUGUGGUAGAACCCUUGUCUGGGCAGCUUUUGGUGACUGAGGAGUCGAUGGCCUGCUGUGUCGGAGUGAUGGGCACCCAAUCCCUUUCUAUCACCAAUUCCUCUGAGAGUCUGUAG